UCCUGCCUUCUCUGCCCACAACCAGGGCCCCUCCACACCACACCCAUGGCCUGCUACGACCUCUGCCGCCCCUGCGGACCCACCCCGCUGGCCAACAGCUGCAACGAGCCCUGUGUCAGGCAGUGCCAGGACUCCACCGUCCUCAUCCAGCCCUCCCCCGUCCGCGUCACCUUCCCAGGGCCCAUCAUGACCUCCUUCCCCCAGACCUCCUUCGUUGGAUCCACCGCAGGGGCUGCCCUGGGCACGGAGCUCAACGUCCAGGGACAGCCCAUCUCCGGCGGCUUUGGGGCCGCAGGCUACGGCCUGGGCUAUGGCCGUGGCUUUGGCUACGGCCUGGGAGGCCUGGGCUGUGGCCUGGGUGGCCUGGGCUGCUCCGGCACCUGCUGA